AUGGAUGAAACAUCUCCUCUCCUUCCUGGACAAAAUGACGAGGAUACUACCACAACACGACCAACAUGCCCGUCGAGAAUUGUCACCAUCCUCAUCUGGUCGUCCGUCAUAAUAUCCGCCUUGACCUUCUUGUACAGCCUCACCGUCUACCUGGUCGUGAAACUCUCCCCUUAUUAUGACUUUCUCCCCUGGGGAAUGAGAGUUGCCAUCGAAGUCUUGCUCCCUCUGAGCUUCCUAUGCGCGGCCGCCAGCCUGUUCGGCAUCUUCAAACUAACCGUCCCAAACACUGGCGCAUGGCUCUUUGUCAACCUCAUCUUAGAUGCGUUGAUCGUAUUCCUCUUCGCGCUCAAUCCAGCUCUUGACACCCCUGAGCUUGCGAACUGGAGACAAUGCGAUGGUUAUGGUCGGGGUUUUCCAGCUCCAGGGUUCGAGGCGAGAUGUGACAGGUUUUUGAACGCGAUCAAGGCGGUGAUAAUCGUGGGGCUUGUCUUUGAGAUCACCAUCAUGACUCUACAUCUGGUCUUUUUCAUCCGCGAUGUGGUGCUGGGCGUCAAGAGACUCGGUCAGUACAGCGCGGGUUGGAGAUUUCCAACUGUGCUUCUUCAGCUGCCUCGUUGCGUGCGUCAGUUGAGCAAGUUCCCAGUGAUGUGGAAGCCUUCCCUCAAUUUCAUCACUUUGCAUUAUGCGUACAUUAUCACUCUGAGCAUCCUCGGUUUGGUCAUCAUCUACCCAUAUGGCAACCUCCGAGCCAUCGACGCGUUCUUCUUCGGGGCCAGUGCCUCGACAGAAUCCGGGCUGAACACUGUUGAUGUCAAUCGCUUGAAAACGUAUCAACAGGUCUACAUCUAUGUGGCUCCCAUUAUCAGCAAUCUUGGUUUCAUCAACAUCAUCGUGGUGAUUGUACGGCUGCGCUGGUUCGAAAAGCGUCUCAAGGAACUUGCCCCUGCCUUUCUCCGGCAAAGACGGAAGGAUGACGCCGAAGCGGGAGGGGACAGUACUUCGAAGACGGCGAUAACUUCAGACGCCACAACUACAGAAAAACAAGACUCUUGCCCGAAUGAGUCGCAGAGUCCGCCCUUGCGCAAUCCAGACUCCCGGUUUCGAUCUCCGAGCAUCACCUUUGCCGACAUUGUGCACGAUUCUGGCCGGGACAGAGCUCUAUACGUUCCUCCUCCCUGGCAACGGGAUCGAGGACACCCCAUCGUGGAAGUCGACGAUACGCUGAGCGACUGUGAGCGAACCAAAUCCACUGACGCUCAGAUCACGGCCGGCACUUCUCGCCGGCGGUUCAAUCUGGCUCGGACAAACACGCUGGAGCGAGUUGCGUCCACGAUGUUUGUCCUCGGCCCGUCCCCCAGCCAUGGCCCCAAGGCCCAGACAGAGCCCCUCGACCAGUCCCUUUCGCAGCAGCUGGCCCUGCCUGAACUGUCAUCCCGUGCUACUAUCGGCCGGAACUCGCAAUUCCAUAACUUGACCGACGAGGAUCGAGAGAUGCUGGGAGGGAUCGAAUACCGCAGUUUGAAACUCUUGCUCAAGAUCGUCACUGGGUAUUUCUUCGGGCUCCAUCUCUUUGGUGCAAUCUGCCUGGUCGGUUGGAUCCAGCACGCAAACCCCAAGUACCGCGAAUACCUUGUCGAAUGUGGCCAAGGCAACAUCUGGUGGGCCUUUUAUUCCUCCCAAACAAUGAUAGACAACCUCGGCUUCACCCUCACCCCCGAUUCGAUGAUCAGCUUCCAGGACGCAACCUUCCCCCUGAUCGUCAUGAGCUUCCUCGCCUACGCCGGCAACACCCUCUACCCCUGUCUCCUGCGCUUCGUCAUCUGGGCCAUGUCCAAGCUCUGCCCGCGCCACUCCUCCAUGAAAGAACCCCUCGCCUUCCUCCUCAACCACCCCCGCCGCUGCUACACCCUCCUCUUCCCCAGCAAGCCCACCUGGGUCCUCUUCGCCAUCCUCUUCACCAUGAACCUCGUCGACGUCAUCCUCAUCAUCGUCCUCGACCUCCACAACCCCACCGUCACCGUCCUCCCCGCAGGCCCCCGCGUCCUCGCCGCCAUCUACCAGGCCGCCUCCGCCCGCCACACCGGCACCGCAGUCUUCAACCUCGCCAACGUCAACCCCGCCGUCCAAUUCAGUCUGCUGGUAAUGAUGUACAUCGCCAUCUACCCCAUCGCCAUCAGCGUCCGCGCCUCAAAUACCUACGAGGAACGAGCACUAAGCAUCUACCCCGACGACGCAGCUACCAUCGACGAAUCAAACGGCCGCUCCUAUGUCCUAUCGCAUAUCCGCAACCAGCUCACCUUUGACCUGUGGUAUAUCUUCUUAGGCAUCUUUUGUAUCUGUAUCGCGGAGUCGGAUCGGGUCAUGGACCCGCAGGAACCGUCGUUCGCCGUCUUCCCCAUCUUCUUUGAGGUUGUGUCUGCGUACGCAAACGUGGGUCUGAGUCUGGGCUAUCCCACCGUGAAUACCUCCCUCUGCGGGCAGUUCUCCGUCUUCAGCAAGCUGGUUAUCUGUGCGAUGAUGAUUCGCGGGCGGCAUCGGGGCUUACCGUAUCAGCUGGAUCGGGCGAUUGUGCUGCCGAAUGAGCGGUUGGAUGAUAGUCUUGAGCGAGUUGAGGAUGUGAGGUCGGUGAGGCGGAUGGCGAGGAUUAAGCGGUUUCAUACGAGCUAG